AUGUUUCUGCGUGCGGUGGCGCGGCCCUUGAUGGCGAAGGUGAAGGCUUCGACGGGGAUCGUGGGGUUGGAGGUGGUGCCGAACGCGAGGGAGGUACUGAUUGGACUCUACAGCAAGACGCUGAAGGAGAUCCAGAAGGUCCCAGAAGACGAAGGUUACCGCAAGGCGGUGGAGAGCUUCACGAAGCACCGACUGAGCGUCUGCAAAGAGGAGGAGGACUGGGAAACCAUCGAGAAACGGCUUGGUUGUGGCCAGGUCGAGGAACUCAUAGAAGAGGCUCAGGAUGAGCUCAAGCUCAUUUCCUACAUGAUCGAGUGGGAUCCUUGGGGUGUUCCAGAUGAUUAUGAAUGUGAGGUGAUUGAGAAUGAUGCACCAGUUCCUAAGCAUGUUCCCCUGCACCGACCUCCUCCUCUCCCUACAGAAUUUCACAAGACACUGGAGGAACUUUCGUCUCAAUCAGGAAAAGAUACUCCAACUGCCAGCUGUAGUGAAUCACCGUUAAAGGCAUGA